CUCAUUUUCUUCGAUUUUCUUAUCUCAAUUUUAAUUUUUUUUCUCUCUCAGACACACACUCUCUCUCUUGUUCCCUCGCUCAACGAAUAUAAAUUCGCAUAGAGAGUGAAAAAUCUUCGGAUUCGAAAGAGAAAAUUUUGCACAAAUAAUAAUCAUUAGGGUUUUGUUUUUCAGAAUCCCGAGGUUAAAUCUCGCUUCAAUUCUCCUUUCUCCAAUAGCCAUAUAGGUAAGUAAAUUAGGGUUUAGAGAGAAAAAGGUGAAGUGGGUUUGAAUCAAGUUAGGUUCUGUUGUUGUUGAUAUUGGUUCUGUUGUUGUUGAUAUUGUUCGGUUUAAAAGAGAAACGAUAAUGGAUGUGAUACUUCAUAUAUACGAUGUAACGAAUAGUGGAUCCGAGAAGACUAACAACACAAUUCUUCAGAUCAAUAAGAUCUUCAAAGAUGGGAUUGGUCUUGGUGGCAUUUUUCAUAGUGCUGUUCAGGUUUUUGGAGAGGAUGAAUGGUCAUUUGGAUACUGUGAGCAAGGUACUGGUGUUUUUAGUUGUCCUUCUGGACAGAAUCCAAUGUACACAUAUCGUGAAGCCAUUGUUUUAGGGAAAACAAACUUUUCCAUUUUCAAGGUAAAUCAAAUAUUAAGAGAACUCAGUAGAGAGUGGCCUGGAACUGCAUAUGAUCUACUGUCCAAAAACUGCAACCACUUCUGUGAUGAAUUCUGUGAAAGGCUUGAUGUACCAAAACUUCCAGGUUGGGUUAAUAGGUUUGCUAAUGCUGGUGAUACUGCCAUGGAAGUUGCGGGGAAUACGGCAAUACGGCUCCGACAAGCGAAAACAGAGAUUGUAUCAGCGAGCAAAGUAGCAUACAGGUUCCUCUUAGGUGUUACUAACAAUAUUAAAACUGGCCCUGAAUCCCCCAACAAUUCAAACAGAGGAGGAGGAGGGUCCCCUAGAUUUCAAGCUGCUUGGUUGAAAAAUAUCAUUACCAAUGGUGCAAAACCAUCCACUAGUUCAGAAGCUGAGAAUCACAAUGGAGAUGUUCCAUUACAACCAACAAGAGAAGAUAACAAGGCUCUUUUACGUAGUAGUUCAUCUUCACAUGAUAGUAGUUGAUGGAAUGAAUUUGUGUCAAAAUGCUUAGUUACCUUCUGCUGUGUAUUGUAUUUUGUAAGUCACAAGAAAGGAAACAGAAAUUUUUCAAGGCAAUUCAUUGUGUAUCAAAUGUAUAAGUUUCAUUUGUUGUUAACUUGAGAUCUUAUUGGUUCCUCGUGAAACUAUGUUCUCAAUGAAAAAGUAAUUGUGUUGUUUUCUGAC